AUGUUAAAAGCUGUGACAAUGGCUGAACAUGAAGGUAAUGUUUAUUGCAAACAAUGUUAUGCUCGUAAAUUUGGUAUUCGUGGUGUUGGAUUUGGUGUGGGUGUAACAAUUGAUUUACAUACAGCAUUAACAGCCCCAUUAUUACCUUAUUUAGGCUUUAUGUUUGGUGCUUUCAUUGCCUGGGUAUGUCGUCUUAAUUGGUCUCAUAUAAAAACAGUUGGUAUUGAAGCUGGAAUACAAAAUACUGGUAUUGCAUUCAUGAUUAUGUAUUAUUCAUUUCCUCAACCAUAUGCUACAAAAGCCAUUGUUGUACCACUUGUCGUAGCUUUUUUAACAACAAAACCAUUUUGGCUUGUUUAUAUGAUACGCAGUCGUGUAAUCAAAUAUAAAAAAAGAAAAGAAUUGGAGAAAAAUGAAAAUUUAACAGCAAAAGUAAAUAAUAAUGAUGGAAAAUUAAUUUUAGAAAAUGAGAAGCCAUUUAUAAAUGAUGAACAAAAUAAUACAAAAGAAGAUUAUGUUGAAAUGAUGGACGUUUUUGUUAAAAUGAAUACCGUUGAUUCACAUCAACAAUUUAAAUAUGAAUAUAUUGCUGGUGUAUCUUUAUCAAAUGAUCUUCAUCAUUCAAAUCAGACUAAUUCAAAUAUGGAUACAAAUAAAGAACGUCAUUUAUUACAUAGUAAAUUUAAUAAUAAAAAAAAUCAUAUGUCAUCUGUUCCAUUUGUUGACCAAUCCGGAAAAAAACAAUUAGAAAUAAUUGGUUUAGAACUAGGAUCAAAAAUCUCAUCGAGUAAAACUAAUCAUCAAUUUUUAAUUAAAAAUACAACUUCUUCUAUUAAUUCAAAACUAAAAUUAACAAAAGUUGAUCAAACAAUGUUACAAUUACCGAAAAGAACAACAUUUAUAGCAAAUCGAAGAGUGUCGGAAAAUAUUUUUCCAAGGUAA